AUGAUUUCGUAUAUCCCCUUUAUUAAAAGUUCUCUUCAGAAAAUCACUUUACCGCUCAUAAUAUUAAUUAAAUUUCAUUUUCCAUUUUCCGGUCUUUUUUUCAUAUUUACUUCAUCUAUUCCAAACACCAGAUGUGGCGGAUGUGAUAGUUUAUUCCCAUCGCUUAUGCUGUUAGAACAUCAUAAAGAGGAAUUCGAACAUUGGAGUGAUGAUGAGAUUAAUCGACGUGUUUGUUGUCGUCGUAAUCGUGGUGAUGAUUAUUUUACGGAUACAGACUCAUUUACUAGCGAAGCGGAAAGUGAGGAUUUAGAGAGAUUACUUUAAAUAAAGCAGAAAACUCAAUAAUUUUUUUAGUUAUAUGUAUGUGAAAAGCAUAUCCAUUUGAUGAUGUUUUUUUUUUGACUUCCUGUAAAAUAGUAUAACUGAAAAACAUGAUUUUAUGAAACCUAUUUUUGUACAAGAUUUAAAAAUGUAUUAUGUAAAUGUUUUUGGGCUAUACUUAUAUAUUAACAUUAAAUUUGAAUUGUUUUGUUUGUUUUAUUAAAAUACAGAAUCUGGACCAUACAAUACGUAUUUACUUACGGUUUAAAGUUUCCAUGAAAAUCAAUAAUAUGCAGAAAUUUUUGUACUUAAAAUUUUUAUAAAGAAAUGGCCCAAAAUUCAUUUACAUAUACAAUUUCCAUUGUUUCCCAAGGCAGUGAAACACACACAAAUCUCAAAAGGAGCAAAACUAUAACAGAAAACAAUCUGUUCAAUCAUAUCAAAAGCAACAAAA